AUGCUCGGAACCUUAGCAACUCCGUCAACUCAAUUCCUCCGUUUCUCCGGCGACAAUACACUCUCCGCCGCCGGAAAAUCCGCCUCCGACUCCUCGAUUGCGCUUCCGCGGCGGAAUCAUCGCUGCACGGCGGCGCUGCACGCCGUCGCCGAACCGGAGCCUUCCGUGUCAUCGAUCACGAGGCCUGCGAGUCUGUACGACAUUCUCGGAGUGAGCAAAAAUGCGUCGGCGGUGGAGAUUAAGUCGGCGUAUCGGAGCUUAGCGAAGCUUUAUCAUCCCGACUCAUCGGAAUCAUCGGACGGUGGAGAUUUUAUAGAGAUUCAUAAGGCGUACUCAACGCUCUCCGAUCCGUCGGCGAGAGCGCUUUACGAUCUGUCGCAGCGUUCCAGAGAGCGGCGGCCGUUUAACUAUGCGGCGGCGAGUAGUGAUCAGAAAGGAUAUUAUACACCUCGACGAUGGGAAACCGAUCAGUGCUGGUAG